CUUGAUGCUACUACCGCAGCAAGCAUAUUCGAGACUUUGAAGUCAAAUGAUAGACGAGAUGAAGUGAUGGACGCAUGCAAACAUAAAAUUACCGCAAUUGUGGUUCGAAAUUUUCUUGCAGAGGUUUUGGAGGACUUUGAUGUCGAAGAAGGCGUCACUCCAGCGACUCCAAGAAAGCCCACCAAGAUUUUUGAUUUGAAGAAAGAAGCUGUAGAGCAUCUUUUUACGCUUAAUGCGUUAGCCCCGGGAAUGGCAAAACCGCAAGAAAGCUCAUCUAUAUCGAGCAACGGCAAUAUGGCUUCCGUCCAUUUUGAGUUUGAUCGCACAGUAGAAUUGGAAGCCUUUCGUGUUGCCAUCACCGCGGCGUUGGCGUGGGAUAUAGCCCGGAUGAAGCGAAGACAACCGACAACCGACAACCGACAGCCUUUACUAUACGACUCAAUGUCGUCUGCGGCCAACACUUCGUUUUCGACGUGGAGCAAGAAACGCAGCCUCUCGGCGGGUACUCUCCAAAGCCUUUUUUGGUACGUUUUCAUCCAGCAGGGGCCGGGACGCUAA